CGACAAAUUACACGCAUUCAAAGAUUAUAUCCAAAGAGUGGCCAAAAAUCUUAAACACGAUAUAAAACUUAAUUUAUUUGAUUGCUAUGAACUGAUGGCACUCUCGGAGAUCUGUUCCCUGUGUUUCGCCACUUCCAUCGCAUCCACCACUUCCUCAGCAGAAGAUAUCCACUGUUACCACAAUUUAGCGCUUUUGAUGAUUAGUUUUACGCCCAAUGAGACCAUUAAACACAAACUGUUGACUGAAGUUGUGUUCAACAAAACAAUUCACGCCAUCGAGUCCUCCGGAAUUGCUGGACAUAUGUCUGAACUGAGUCUUCGGGACAAAGAGUUUGAGCCCAAUAUUGUUGACAAUUUAGACUCCAUUAAGACAUUGUAUGGCAAACAUUCGCGCUUUGAUUCCCAUCACUGGCUCUUUGAUCCACUCAUCAGAUCAGUUGAGACCAAGAACUCUGUGACGUUGGAUGAGAUUCGCGCGUGUCUUGUGUUUAUCUCAGCGGUGGUCAAACGGCACCGCAAUUACUGUCAACAACUGAUCCAGUCUUCGUCGGCGUUCUAUUGUCUCAUUUCAUCGGUGUUUCUCAUAUCUGAAGAAGUCUUUUUCGAUGACGGCGUUCAACGGCUACUGUAUGUCAUUUUGAAGACACUACUGGCCGGCGAUGGGAUCCGAUGCCAGAUAUCGGAUAGAGUGCCCUAUUAUGACACUUGCGGUGAUUUUUAUCAACGAUUUGUAGAUCAGUUGGAGUCCGUGUCUUAUGGCAACAAACUGUUCAUCAAUUAUCUGCUGGUCUUUUGCCAAUCGAAAUGCAGUCCACUCUUCAGGACUAAACUCUUUGUGGACUUUCCGACAGCUUUUCGUAUAAUUCAGAUAUCAUUCGAAGAGUGGAAAGCCCUCUGCUGUACGCCAUUGCUGUCCAUCAUCUGA